CCAAAAUAGUCCUUUUCACCACACGCCGUUAAUUCAAUGUUGUUCCUCUUUUUGUGUUCAAUAGGUUUAUGUCUCAAUUUUCCUCUUUAGUUGUUAGCGAUAAUUUCAGUUUGAUUUUUAUUUAUUUGGAGAAAUAUGGCUUCAAUUUCUUCUACUCCAAGGACUGUAGAAGAGAUCUUCAAAGAUUAUAGUGCUCGUCGUGCUGGGAUACUUCGUGCUUUAACUUAUGAUGUGGAAGAGUUUUCUCAUAUGUGUGAUCCAGAAAAGGAAAAUUUGUGUCUGUAUGGACAUCCGAACGAAACAUGGGAAGUCAAUCUUCCAGCUGACGAAGUUCCACCUGAACUCCCAGAGCCAGCUCUUGGGAUAAAUUUUGCAAGGGAUGGGAUGAAUCGUAUAGAUUGGCUUUCAUUGGUUGCUGUGCAUAGUGAUUGUUGGUUGCUUUCUGUGGCUUACUUUUUUGGAGCUCGUCUUAACAAAAAUGAAAGGAAGCGUCUGCACAGCUUGAUCAACGAUUUGCCCACUGUGUUUGAAGUCAUAGCAGAAAGAAGGCCCAUAAAAGACAAGCCUAGUGCAGAGAAUGGGAGCAAAUCCCGUGGUAGUAUACAGAGGACAAGUGAUGUUCAGUCUAAAAGCACUGCAAAGCUGGCAGAUGAAAGUUGCGACGAGGAUGAAGAAGAACAUGGUGAAACACUUUGCGGAUGCUGUGAUGGGCAUUACAAUGCUGAUGAAUUUUGGAUUGGUUGUGAUAUCUGCGAGAAAUGGUUCCAUGGUAAGUGCGUGAAGAUAACACCUGCUAAAGCUGAAGGUAUAAAGCAGUAUAAAUGCCCUGCAUGUAACUUGAAGCGGCACCGACCAUAGUUCCCUCAUGAAUUAGAAAGAAGGCUCAUAUGCUUUGGCAACUAACAAAAUAGAUAGUACAGCAUUAUGUAUUGGGGAUCCUAAUGGUAACGACUUCGCCAUGACCCCUUUUAGAUCCAUUUUCAAUGUCCAAUAUAUAGGAAGUUUGUUAAAUUUUUCUUGAACCCUUGUUAGCUUGUUGAUUGCCAUUGAUUUUAGAUUUCUUCACCAAAAUGAUGUAAGUAGAAAGCAAAACAUCAAGUUUUGGAAGUUUGACAGCUCUUUUGGUUGUUUCUAAAAUUGCCUAUAAUUUUCACAAACAACUUCUCGUAUUUUCACUU